AGGUGUCCCCUGCAGUGCCUGAUGUGGGCGGUGGGCAUCGAGGCAGGCAGGACCAGGGGGUCAGCAGAACCUGGGAGCUGCUGGGGUCAGAGCACCAGAGGGAGACAGGAAGUCAUCUUCAGCCAAUAACAGGGAGCAGUUGUUAGAAGUGGGGAGGCUGCCCCUCAUCCCCGAGCGCAUCCGGCAAGGCGCGGGAUGGAGCGCCUCUCUCACUCUCUCUUGGCCUCCAGGAGCUCAGGCUCGGGAAGCUGGGCUAUUUAAACCAAACCAAGUGAAGCCAGGAGGCAGGAUCUUGCAGGCUCUGGCGGUGGGUGGGAUUGCACGUGCUGUGGAAGUGUCCAGGCUUUCGGGGCAGAGGCGACUGGCGGUCACCUGGGGCGGGGAGGAUCCAAGCAGCUCUCAGAGCGCUUGGAGAUCGCUCCCCGCGCCCAGAGACUGCCAAGGAAUUGGCUUCGUCCUUUUCCACGCCCUGAGGAAAGGGGUUUUCCCAGGGAGGGGCAUUUGGGCUUUUGGUCGCUCCUACUCGCAGCUUUCAGAUACCAGACCAUGGAGACCCGGAGACUAUCGGGCCCAGAGCAGGAGCUGAUCCGAGAGAGCUGGCAGAAAGUGAACAGCAAUCCCCUCCAGCACGGGAUGAUCUUGUUUACCAGGUUGUUUGACUUGGAGCCGGAUCUUCUGCCCCUCUUUCAGUAUAACUGCCGGCAAUUCUCCAGCCCCCAGGACUGUCUCUCUUCUCCUGAGUUCCUGGACCACAUCCGGAAAGUAAUGUUGGUGAUUGAUGCUGCGGUGACCCAUGUGGAGAACUUGUCCUCUUUGGAGGAGUAUCUCAGUAAUCUGGGCAAGAAGCACAAAGCAGUUGGUGUGAAGCUCAGCUCCUUCUCGACGGUGGGCGAGUCCUUACUCUACAUGCUGGAGCAGUGCUUAGGUCCCUCCUUCAAUGUAGCCAUGAGGGAGGCAUGGACGCAACUCUAUGGGGCUGUGGUAGGGGCCAUGAGUCGUGGCUGGGAUGGAGAGUAGGAGUCCUCCCACUCCAAGCCCACUCUCUACAUCAUGAAUCCAUCUCCCCUUCCUGCUGGUCAACAUGCUCACUCUCUCUCUAAUGUUGCUUAGGUUCCCCAGUCUCCCCACCUCCUCUCUCUCUCUCUCUCUCUCUCUCUCUCUCUCUCUCUCUCUCUCAGGUUUGAGUAUCUCCUGUUCCUUCAUGCUUCCCUGAGAGCCUAAGAAAGUGUACAACCCCAUUUCCAGCCUAUCCUCCUUUCCCUACUUCUGCCAACAGAGAAUGGAAGGGACUUUCCCCAUGGAUAUGGCCUCUCCUGUUGCACCCUCCACCCCUUCAGUAAAGGUUAUUAGAAAAGGAUAGAGGAUGCCCAAGAGGCCGGGCUUUAGGAGCUCCUAGCUAAGGCAGACCCAGUGCUCCUUCUUUCCAUCCAUCCCUGUCUAUGUUACUUUUCCCUGUGGUUGUCCAUCUUCCCGAGAAUGCCAGGCCUCAACCCAAUUGUGAAGUUGGCAAACCAUAUCUCUGGCUCUUUCCCUUUUCCCUUUCUGUGUCCCAUCCCUUCCAAACACAUACUUUCUAUAUGCCAAACCAAUUGUCUCCUAUCCUUACAACCAACUGCUUAAACAGUAGCUCUUUCCUAUUCUCUUGUCUUGGAGGAGAUUGUGAUCUGAUAUACCAGCUCACAUUGAAGUAUUAGUUUUCCUCCCAGAGGCAGAAGGAGGGCAAUGUUCACUCAAAGGAACGACUUUACAGUAGUGGAAUUUUAGGCAGGGUGGUGGUUUUUCAAGAGAGAUGGCUUUCCCAGUUCCCUCCAGGCUCCCCUUUCCUCUUUUCUUCUCUCCCUCUCUCUGACUCCCUGACCCUUCUUUCCUCUCUCCCCCUCUCCCUCUCUCCCUCUCUUCCACUUUUCCCCUCUUCUCAAACCUAUAGGCCUGACUUUCAGAGCUAUGGCCCCACCCUAAAGCAAUGGAUGUGAGAUAGGCCAGUUUCUGGUGCCCUCUUGCACGUAUUUUUGUCUUUGCUCCCAGCUACUAUGUCUUUUCCCCUCAAUCCUUGCUCAUUCAUGCAAACAGCAAUUAGAGAAGCUAUUGGUUCCAGAUAUUUUUCCCUCCCUACCCUAAGUGUGCCUUGUAACUUGAUGACUGUUUCCAUCUUUUCGUGCUCAUCCACUUAUUCUACUGAUGAAGUAGCUCUUCAGUCUCUGCUCUGUGUUGUGGUUAUGUAAACCUCUUAAGAAAUAAAUCAGUUCUCUGUGCA